AUGGUUCUAAAGCUGCUGCUUUUGCUGGCAGUCGUGCACGGCGGUGUGGUGGAGCUAAAAAGCGGCCCACUGGCUAGUCAUACCUGCGCUCGCGAUGACAGUGGACAAGUGAAGUGCUGGGGCGCAAACACUGGCGGCAAGCUGGGCACGGGAAACACGGCCUCGUAUGGUGAUUCGGCCGGGGAGAUGGGUGCCAAUCUUCCUGCAGUGGACCUGGGCACCGGCCGCACGGCUGUGGCCAUCUCAUUGGGUCAAGACCACACCUGCGCGCUGCUGGACAAUGGAUCCAUGAAGUGCUGGGGGGACAACUCUCAGGGCCAACUGGGGUACGGCGACACCACCAGCAGGGGCAGCAAUUCCGCUCACAUGGGCGACAAUCUGGCCGCCAUCGAUUUGGGAGAUGGCCGCACGGCCACGGCCAUCGCGACAGGACAGUACCACACCUGUGCCAUUUUAGACGACUGGUCCACAAAGUGCUGGGGCUACAACGACAACGGUCAACUUGGCCUGGGGCACACCAACAACAUAGGAGAUGGUGCAGCAGAGAUGGGCAACAGCCUGGCGGCAGUCAACCUAGGUACCGGGCGGUUUGCCAAGAAGAUAUCGGCUGGCGCCGGAAUCACAUGUGUUGUGCUGCUGGACGACACGGCGCUUUGCUGGGGGAAGAACAACGGUGGCCAGCUUGGCCAGGACAGCACAACCAACAUGGGAAGUACAUCCGGAAACUCCGUUGACAGCAUGUCAACGAUCAACUUGGGCAGCGGCCGCACAGCGAAGAUUGUGGCACCAGGGGAAUUCCACGUAUGCGCGUUGUUGGACGACGACACUGUCAAGUGUUGGGGUUCAAGCUCCUAUGGCCAGCUCGGCCAGGGCGACACUAGCAGUUGGGGAACCAGCAGUGGCAGCAAUGGCAUGGCCAACCUACCAGCUGUGGAAUUGGGGCAGAGUGCCUCUGUAGUGGAUGCCUCGGCAAAGCAGCUCCUGCAGCAGCUGGAUGUGGGGGAGCCCAUGAUGCAGUUGGAGCAGCAGACGCCUGAUGGGGCUGUGACGGUGGCGGCCUUCAUGGCCCCGAAAAACGCCACUGUGGCCACCGUGACUGCUGGCGAUGCAGCGGUGGAGGUGCCAGCGCAGCUGCUGCAGCAAGCAUCGGCCUUGGCCGCUGGCGGGCCGGUGCUCCUGAGCUUGGCCUCAUCACAGGGCCUAGCGGAGAAGAUGUCCGUUGCCAAGGAUGUGUCAGGCGUCGAGGCGACCUUGGCCUCAGUUCCGUUGGUCAUCGACCUCCGAGACGCGCAGGGCCGGAAGCUGAAGCUGGGCCGCCUGGAGAAGCCCAUGCUCCUUGAGCUGCCAGUGGGCAACAUCACUGGAUCCACUUGCGCCUAUUGGGACGAGGAGAAGGCAGCCUGGGCCUACGAUGGCUUGGAAGACAUGCCAGGAAGAGAAGAUGGCGCGGCAAUUUGCCUCACCCAUCACCUCAGCAUCUUCGCCAUGAUCGUCAAGGAUGACGUGACGGCUGCCCUCGCUUGCAGCACAGCCUCACAGCUGUUGACCCAAGAAGCAGUCAGGAACCUGGCCAGGACCGAGCGCUACGCCCCUGCGCCUUCGUUCGUAUUUCUUGGUGGCAUCCUCUUGGCAGCUGUGGGCAUGGGCUUCGCCUGGCGGUGGGACCGGAAGGCUGACGCGCGGGUGUCCUGGGCAACCCGCGAAGCGCUGCUUUUGCACCAGGAGCACGAGGUGCCCAAGGAGGAAACCAAUGUCCGCCUGGGCUGCCUAGGAAAGUGCGCUGAUUGCGUGCUGAAGUUCCUGGGGUUCGCCUUUGAGGUGAAAGGCCUCAACUUGGUUGACCUUACACGGCAGUGUGCUCACGCCCCAACUGCUGCCAUCAACUACAGCUUGCAAGCGAUCCACGCGCGCAGGGCCGGACUGGCAAAGGAAUCUAUGAGAGCAAUGAUGAAAAGCCAGAACAACAAGGUGAGCGUGUCGAAGUCCCGAUCUUCAACCAAUCCCGAAGACCGGCAAUCGGCCUUGACAUCUCUCCGGGAAUCUGCGUCGCGAGUUGGGCGAUCAGUGCGGCAAUCAGCAGUCUCCCUGUUUACAGCAGCGAGGCACAGCAUGAUGGGCACGGAUGCUGUGGUGGAGAGCUUCAAAGAUGCCCACGACAUCCACAGAGUCAUGGCGUCUCAGCCGUCGACGACUUUCUGCAGGCUUCCUGGUGCCGCAGGGUGGUACUGCUGUUUCCAAGUCUUCAUCCCUGGGUAA